CAGACAAUUUUAAAAUUUGGACGUAGGAGCUGGAUAGAGAAAUUUUCAUUUUUCAACAUAUCGAGAUGGGGGCUCACGAAGAAACCUUGGUGGAAGCAGCGCUCCGAGUUUUGAACACCGCCGACCCAUUCGAGAAGGCGCGACUCGGCGACUCAGUAGCUUCACGGUGGCUCGAUGGCACCAUCGCCGAACCCUACAACCCUUCCCUCACCCUUCCCAUCCCUGAUCGCCCCGCAAGGCUCUCCAGUGUGAAGUUGGUGGCUCCGAGUCUCAUGCCGAAGUUGGGUAAAGCAGGAAGCUUGCAAAGCAGGGUGAACAUUGUGCAUAGUCUUGCUCAUAUUGAGAGUUGGGCCAUUGACCUAUCUUGGGAUAUUAUAGCUCGUUUUGGUAAGCAAGAGGCAAUGCCUAGAGAAUUCUUUACGGAUUUCGUGAAGGUGGCACAGGAUGAAGGGAGACACUUCACUCUUCUUGCUGCACGACUUGAGGAGCUAGGUUCUUAUUAUGGAGCAUUACCGGCUCAUGAUGGUCUUUGGGAUUCUGCCACCGCCACUUCCGAGGAUUUACUAUCACGAUUAGCAGUUGAACAUUGUGUCCAUGAGGCCAGAGGACUUGAUGUGCUGCCUACAACAAUCUCACGUUUCCGCAAUGGCGGUGAUGAUACUACGGCAAAUUUACUGGAAAGUGUAGUUUAUCCAGAAGAAAUUACACAUUGUGCUGCUGGAGUCAAAUGGUUCAGGUAUCUAUGCCACAGGUCUAGAAAUCCAGCCUCAGAUCAAGAAAUUUGUGCAGUGGAAAAUGGAACAACAACAGGGGGGGAUGAAGUGAUUUCGAAGUUUCAUGCAGUAGUAAGGACAUAUUUCAGAGGACCGUUAAAACCACCUUUUAAUGAGGCUGCUAGAAAAGCUGCUGGAUUUGGUCCCGAAUGGUAUGAACCUCUUGCUGUUAAAGUGCCCAAUGCAUAAUAACAGUUUUAGGCCUUCUAUAUGCAAAAUGUUUGAAGUAAUUUUUAAAACAAUACUAGUUUAAUAUAUCUAACAACACUUUUACUUACGCACUUUUUUUAUAUAUGGAGUGAAUUUAACUUGUAAUAUUUAACUAAACGUUGCUAUUUUAUGGUACA